UGUUAUCGGGAAUUAACGCAAGUCUCCUGUUCACGUGCACCAGCCCUCUGCGCAUUUUACGUAGCGUAAUUUGCAUACCGUAUUUUAUCUUGCUCAAGGCAGCGGCGUUUCCGCUUUUUUGUCCCGUCUUCUUAUUUGCCUCAGGACCUAUGAUGGGAUAUAAAUCUUCUGCAUUUAAUCUUACAAUGAAAAAUCGCAAAUUAUGUAGGUGACUACAAUAGUGGGUAUCUCUGAGCUGCAAAACAUGUAUCCGAUGUCGCGACUAUUUUCCACGUUUGUUCACUUUUAUUUUUGAUUUUUUUUUCAAAGGGGAUGAGUGCAAGCUAAAUAGAAUUAGUGGGAAAUGAUAUAGUUAUGUAAAUGCAUAUUUAAAAACUGACAUGACAGUUAUUCUUUUUCUAUGAUACGUUUACAGCCGUUUCGUAAUGUACGAUAAGGCGUACUGUGGCGCACCACAUUUACUGACACAAUUAGGAAUGUGUGAAAUAUGUUAUGUGACAUUUAUAUUCGUCAUUUUUGUGCGUGAUUGCUGGUAGACAUCCGGGAGGCAGAGGGCGUCAGAGGGCCACGCAAGAUUCUCUGCCGUUGCGCUUAUGCCCAGCGUAGAAAAGCGUUUCCGCCGGUCGGAAGGGGGACGCAGUCGCUCGGCUGCAGCUCGGCGCUCCGGCUUUCCUGUUCGUCGCCAUCGGCGCAGACUCGUAAUCAUGGGUGCCUUUGUGGUGCUGGCGGCUGUAUUCGUGUCGGUGUCCGUCGCCGAAGUUGGGGCCGCCUUCUCGCAGUCCUUGGACAGCGAUUUCACCUUCACCCUGCCCGCCGGCCGCAAGGAGUGCUUCUUCCAGACCAUGAGGAAGGACGCCUCCCUGGAGAUCGAGUACCAGGUGCUGGACGGUGCCGGCCUCGAUGUAGACUUCUCCCUUUCCUCGCCCAGUGGGCACAUGCUGGCCAGAGACCACAGGAAGUCGGACGGCGUUCACACGGUGGAGACGGACGACGGGGACUACAUGUUCUGUUUUGACAACACCUUCAGCACUGUCUCUGAGAAGAUCAUCUUCUUCGAGCUAAUCCUAGACAACAUGGAGGACGUGGAAGGCGACCAGGACUGGAAGGAGUACGUCCACGGGACGGACCUGCUGGACAUGAAGCUGGAGGACAUCAUGGACACCAUCAACAGCGUCAAGGCGCGGCUGGGGAAGAGCCUGCAGAUCCAGACGGUGCUGCGUGCGUUUGAGGCACGUGACCGUAACCUACAGGAGAGCAACUAUGAGCGCGUCAACACGUGGUCCUGCGUCAACCUGCUGGUCAUGGUGCUGGUGUCCGGCUUGCAGGUGUACCUCCUGCGCAGCCUCUUCGACGACAAGCGCAAGAACCGCACGUAGCGUCCACAUGCUUGGGCGUGGGGGGAGGGGCGGAGUCUGACUUUACAUGCGGCCAGGGGGGCCUGCCCUCCUCGUCUCUGUUGGGUGUUUACCCUGCACGGCCGAUGGACCUCACACACUCACACACGCACGCUAUGAAGCACAUUCUCCCAAGCUCUGUCCAUCCAUCCACUCUUCUCUAAUGGCCUGAGGUCAGGUUGACAUCCUUUGCUUGUCACUCUAGAGUGUUUGUCUCCAGUAUUCACACUAAGUCAAGUCGCUGGACGCGACACCCAUUAACGCUCGUUAAAAUCCUUGGGACUGUUCAGCGUUCUUCCCAAUAUCCAGGUUCCCAAUCUAGGGGUUUUAAUUAGAUCUCCAUGCUGCUGACCUAACGGAGAUUGAGACCCAGGGCUAUAAUUUUAGUUGGAAAAUGAAUUACUUUUAUAUGCAUCUUAAUCUGUAAGAAAUGGGUCAUAUUUAAUGCUUUGUAUGUUUUUUUGAAACUAACCCCCAAUAUGUUGACCAUGUGACUGUUUACAGGGCACCAGGCUGUACUUGCUGUCACUGUCCCUGGUGACAGCCUCCUGUCCAUUAGUGAGACAGGAAGUGCACCCUCUAUAGUGUGCUGUGGUGUACUGCACAUAGCCUGCAACCAGAGCCUGCAGAGAUAAAUGCAGGCUGGCUCUCUCCAUGCUAACCGGCAAUGCAAAUAUACGUCCGGAUAGCAGCAGAGUGAAAAGGGGGAGAGGAAGCGAGAAGCAGCCAUUAGAUCCUCAGCAUGCAUGAUUUAUGGGGCGUAAGCGAUGACAGGCCUGGCGCUGCACUGACACACCUCUGCUUUCGCUCCUGAAGGGGGGGUAACGGGGCUGGUUUCGAGUUCCUGUGUUUCCAUCUAUAGUGCAGAAAGGCAUUCCUGUUUAGGAUGCAGAGCCUGUAAGCAGCGGGCAGAACUGCAUUGUGGGUCUGCUAGUCAGUCUGCAUGAAUGUGAGCAAGGGGCAAAUAAAAAUGGCAGGCAGAUACUUACCAAGCUCACCUCAGUAACAAAGGAAGUCCAGGACAAAAUGCUGCAAAUUCUUGUGGGCAAAACUUAGAAAGAAAUGGUAGCAUUAAUUCAGCCCAGCCAUUUAUGUGAACCAAACACGACGGGGUCAGUGGCAGAGGGACCCCUUUGUGUUUGCUACUAACUCAGGAUAAUGUCACAGUGCCGCUGAGCGUGACCCUUGGACUUAACUGGAGAUAAGAGGAAUUGCUGCAGGUUUGGAGAAAGACUACUAAAAUCUGUCCCUAACGUCACAGCAGGCUAGGGGAUCGAGGUCCCAGCCUGACCUGGGGGGGGGGGUUCAGCUAUGUAAAGGGAUGGUACCAUAGCACUGUAUGCUAAAUUAGCUCCUGGGCUGCGCAUUUCAUGCUAAGCAAUGCCUUAAGUUACUAACGUCAGGCAGGACAGUGGCACGUCGAGCCAGGAGUCCGAGAAGAUGAGCACAACUUAGACCCCCACCUUAAAAGUCCGGCCUUUGAAGACAGACAUAGUUAUUCUCACCAGUGUACUCACGGAACCCUGUCAAAGGCCUGUUUAUGCAAGUGAAUCGAUGUUGAGCUCAAAAUGUGAACGGACUCGUUUCCCACGAGGGAGGCUGACUGCUGCGUCUUGGCCACUAGGGCGGCGACUCGCAAGCGGCUGCCCUGCGUGCGGCGUGAUCCUGCGCCCUGUUGCCGCUCUGUACCCCUCCGUCAAAGUGCCUCAAUUUUUACCGUCAGUAUUUGUAUUUGCUGGUUUUACUCGCACAUGCUUUAUAUUUAGGCAAACUGAGUGUAACGUAACUAAAGUCAAAUAAAUGUUUAUCGUUCAUAUA